AUGCGCGAGGAACUACAACGACGACAGGCAACCAGAGGCGAACAGCCGGAAAGGCUCCAGAGCACUCAUUACGAACAAUAUGCAGAGAGGGAGCGGGCAUAUUUCGAACAUCUCAUCGCUGAGGUUCGGCAGGGCAACGUCUUAUCUUUCAGGACGGUGGAGGACAAGGGCGAGUUGUUUGAGGAGGAGCCACACCAGGGCGACGCAAAUGGAAAGGGACAAGGCAACACUCACAGAGGUGGAAGUGGUUCCACAAAUCACGACGGAUCUGAAAGCUCGCCGCUUGCAGACACUGAUCUCGAUACGGCCGCUCAUACGCUGAAGCACCUAGCGGGGAAUAGCGAUUUUCUCACCGUCGAUGGUCUCAAGCAUGUCCGACAGAGUGCACAAGGAGGGUCGGGAAAAGCGCAGAGCGUAGGAAAGAUGGUGAAGCAGUUGGUGCAUGCUUGCGUAGCCCUGAGAGACGAGGAGUUGCAGACGGAUGCCGCCAAGCAACAGUGA